AUGUAUAUAAACUCACUUCAAUAUCGUAUUCGUAACGGACAAAAGUUUCCAAUACCAUUAGAAAAUGAAAGUUAUUAUCAUCGUCAUCAACCAGUUAAUUUCACUAUUAAAUUAUUAAAUAAUCAACCCAUGACGAAUUCAGCAAAUGGAACGAUUUUUCUUACCGAUAAACGAAUUAUAUUUAUCGCUUAUAAAACUGGUUCAGAUGUUUUUGAGAACUUUUACGUAAUGUUAUCUGAUAUUGUAUCUUCAGUAACAGCAGGAAAUGUUCUCAACAAUUUAUUUUAUAAAAAUACAUUUUCCGUGAAUAUUACUUUGAGGGAUAAAACAAUUUUUAAUAUGUCUAUCACGUACGAUUAUGAUGAUAUUGAACAGAAGAGAAUUUUUGAAGAUUAUUAUGGAAUGUUGAUUUCUUGGGCGACCAAGAAUAAACCUGGUAAACCUCUAAGCAUUUCUACGCAAAACAGCAAUUUCACUUCAGAAGGUAGCCCUAUGUCGCCUUACUAUAACUCUUGGAGUAUGAACUCUCCAUCAUAUGAUGGAGAACAACCUCCACCAUAUUCUUAA